AUGCACCGCUCCGACGGCGGUUCCACGGUCGAGCUCAAGCCCGGCGGUGCCUCGCUCAGCCUCACCUACCACAACCGCUCCGAGUGGUGCUCGCUCGCGACCGCCUUUCGGCUGCACGAGUGCGACGCGCAGACCGCCGCCGUGCGGCGGGGGGUGGCGCAGAUUCUGCCGCUCGAGGCGCUCGUCCUCUACACGGCGGACGAGCUCGAGCGGCUCGUGUGCGGACAGCGCGACUGGUCCGUGGAGCACCUCCGCAAGUACGCCGAGGUGCGCACGGCGGACAGCCGCAGCGUCGGCUUCCUGUGGGAGGUGCUGGCCGAGAUGGUGCGCGAGGAGCGCGAGCUCUUCCUCAUCUUCGUGUGGGGCCGCUCGCGCAUGCCAGAGGGGGCCCCGCCGCAGCGCUUCAUCGUCGACUCGCAGCACGUGCAGGGCGACCCCGACGAGCACCUGCCGCUCGCCGCCACGUGCUUCUUCCAGCUGCACCUGCCGCGGUAUAGGAGCAAGGAGGCCUGCCGCGCGAAGCUGCUCUACGCCAUCUACAACUGCAAGGAGAUGGACCUCGCGUGA